UAUAUAGAGACAUGCUUCUAGAACAUAUAUAUUUAUAAGCUUUAAUAUAUAUUAGAGCGUAGAUAUUUAUAGGGUUUUCAUCCUCUCCUCAGGAUUGCAGAAUAAUUUAAUCUAAUAAGUCUUAUAAUUAUAUAUAUUAAUAAUAAAAUUCGGAUUGUUAAGGCUCAUGUCCCCCGAAUUUAACUUAAUAAAUUUUGAUUCAAAACUUUGACAAAACUAAAAUUUUGAUUCAGAGCUUUGACAAAACUAAAAUUAUACUGUACAAACUCUACUUUUAUAAUCCAAACUCACCUACUUACAUUAUAAAUGAACAAUCAUUUCAAAUGUUGAAUGCAGAGCACUGGUCAAUAGUUUUGGGACACUAAAGUCAUGCUUACAUAAUUAAAAUACAUAUCUAUUGUUUGACAUCAUGAUAUAAAGCUUGUACCUAGUGGUAGGAUCUCUGUCUCUCUGUCUCUCUCUCUCUCUCUCUCUCCACUCCAAUAUGGAAGUAACAGUGAGCUCUAUUAUUGCCUCCAUUGCUUUGGUGACUUUGGUAACAUAUGCAUGGAAGGUGGUGAACUGGGUAUGGUUGAGGCCGAAGCAGAUAGAGAAAUGCUUGAGAGAGCAAGGUUUCAAAGGAAAUCCAUACAAAGUGUUGUAUGGAGACACAAAAGAGAUGAUAUCAAUGAUGAGAGAAUCAAAAUCGAAAUCCAUGGACACGUCCUCAGACGAUAUUGUCCCACAUCUCCUACCAUCCCACCCUAACUAUGUCAACCUUCAUGGUAAAAAUUACUUUCAAUGGAUGGGCCCAACACCAAGAGUGACCAUUGCAGAUCCUAAACAUAUAAAGGAGAUUUUGUUUAACCAUGAAGUCUUUCAAAAACCAACCAAUAACCCACUUGGAAAAUUACUAGUACGAGGGCUUGGGUCGUAUGAAGGUGAGAAAUGGGCUAAGCACAGAAACCUUAUCAACCCAGCCUUUCAUCUAGAAAAGUUGAAGCAUAUGGUACCAGCAAUGUGCUCAAGUUGUAGUGAGAUGAUAAGCAAAUGGGAAGUGUUAGUCUCAUCAACAAAAGGGUCAUGUGAGGUUGAUGUAUGGCCUUAUCUUGAUAAUCUCACAGGCGAUGUGAUUUCUCGGACAGCAUUUGGUAGUAACUAUGAAGAAGGAAAAAAGAUAUUCCAACUUCAAAAAGAACAAACCGACCUUAUAAUCCAACUCUUGCGGUCAUUUUACAUUCCAGGAU